GGCAUUUACCCAGUGGAUAUUUUGGAAGAUGACCCUGAAAGGCAUCUGGAAGCAACUCUGGGUUAUUAUGCGACACUCAGGGAAGGGAUACGGUCCUCAGUAGAGGUUUUCUCUCUUCCCACUGGGGAGCAGGCUUUGCAGUGGAACAUGUUGGCCUUUUGCUUUGGGAGCCAGGAGCAGUGGGCUCGAUGGCCCCAAAGAGGGCUGGGAUGGCAGCGCUUCCGAGAAGGCUCUCGGACAGUCCCUGCAUUACAGGCUGCACACAUGCUGCUUGAUGUUCCUCUGGUUCAUAAGCACACAGGCACCGGCACUGAGGUUCUCUGCCCCUGGGCCGCCCCAGACCCAGAGCUGAGCCUGCAGGGCCCAGAGAGGGUAUGGGUUUAUUGAGAUGGCUUGUGGAGACCAGUGGCAGGGCGGCAGGCAGCCUGAGUGGCAUCGUGGGUGGACACAGGCUUGUUGAGGCUGUUUCCAUGGAGUGGCCACAGGAAUACAGUGGAGGCCAGCCUGGCAGGUGCAAGCCCGAGAUUAAACUGGAAGCUUCGUCUCUUUGCUUUUGCACCAUGUACCGUGACGAACCUCAACAUAAAAUAUUAGCCUUGGUUAAUCCCCAGGACACAAAGACAGUUGUGGCUGUUUACAUACAGGAGGCCUGGUGGGCCACCGAAGAUGUGCUGCGAACCUCUGAUCCUGCCCGAGAAGGUCUGAUGAAGGUUCAGUCAUUCGGGGAAAGGAUUGUGCUUUUCAUUCUCAACGUCGUUAUUUUUGGAAGAUUGGAGAGAAAUUUGGAUGAUGGGGACAUGUUUUUUUUACCUCACCCUGUGAAGGAGCAAGCGAAAAUUCUGUGGCGGGAUGGAGCAGCUGUUGGGUUUUACACAACCAAAAGGAAAGGCAGCCUGUGUGGUGAUGGCCCGGGUGCAUGCUACCUGCUCCCCGUCUUCGACACCGUGUUUGUCAGGAGGACUUACCGCCGCCAGGGCCUGGGCACGGCCAUGCUGCAGGACUUCUGUGAGACGUGCCGUGAGGACGAGGCUCUGGGCAUCAGUUGGCCGAUUUCUCCCGCCAUGUUCAAAGUGUGCAGGAAGUUCCUGUUGGCCCAUCCGGAGGAGCGGGGUCGCCUGUGGGAGGUGGAGCCCCCAGGAGCCUGGGGCCAGCGAGGCAGCAUCUGGCUGAAGGUUCAACUGCAACAGUCAAGACUUCCAGACCCACACCCGGGAAAUUCCCAGGAGGACGUGAGCAGUUGUGGGCGGACUUCUCCAGAUGAUGGACCCAGAAUGUCUGGUCGUGAAGGAGGCAAGAAGGAGAGGACCAGCGGAGAACGGGAACAGACAAAGAGUGAUGAAGACUGCGGAGUGGGAGAAGAAGCAGGGCGGCUUGGGCGAGCCUGUGGGGCCGAGCCGGCCAGGAAGGAAGCCAAGAGGACCGUGCUGGAUGCAGGACUGGCCUGGGAGUCCCAGAAGAAGCACGUGCGGCCCAGCUCCUAACUCCCAGACGCCAUCCUGACUCUCGUUGAGGGGCCUGUCUGGGCCCCAGGGGCCACGGGUGUGAGAGCUGCCCCUGUCACUCCAUGCUCCUGUGGCCGGGAGCUGGCUUCUGUCCCUGCUGUGUUCCCCUUCGAGGAGAGGGCGACCGCACAGACCUUGACUACCUCAGGCUUGUUUUGUGGGCCCAGGUGAUAGAAAGCCUGAGAAAGUGCUGCGUUCCUCAAGCACAAAGAUCUAAAGAGGUACAGGUAGUUAUUUUCCCAAGCUCGAAUUUCAGAAGCUUGUUUGUUUAACCUAGUGUAGUUUCUGUUACUCGGGGGGCGGUUUGUAAAGAUCUCACUGGAACCACACACAUGUGCCUCUUUCUUGAAGCUCAGAGAAGGGCCAUGCCCGUUCCAGCCUGCACUGCAGAGAUCUGUUUCAGGUUUGCCCAUGCCAGCCCAGAUGUCACCGUGAGACCACAGACACCAGAAGGGCUUCUAGGGAGGCACAUUUCUUUUCCAGAGAAACUUCAGCCACAUCAGAAGCUCCCCGAGGGCAGUGGCCGGGAUUGGCUGGUGCAAACCAUCCAUGGGUCCCUCGCUCACAUCUGGCCUCGCAUACAGGAGGCACUUAGAGCAGGCUCCAGGCGGGUCUCAGGAUCUCAGCCAUGGCCUGAUUCAGAGGGGAAGCCACUGGAGGGGGCUCUGGGCUGAUGGCUCUUCCAGUGUAUUGGUGCCUGGAGGGAAAAGGCCCACACUGGUAAAGGUGAGUCUAAAGGUACCAGCCAACCCCCAGUGUGACAGUGGCCUCCUCGGCUACCUACAUGGCCCUGCUUGGGGCGUGUGCUCGGCCGCUGUUAGGGCUUCUGAGCUGAACCAAGGGACCCCCUGCCCAUAAGAGCCCAGUGAGGACAGGAGAAGCAGGCCUUCCACGGGGUAAGGCGUGGUCCAGGCUGCUUCAUGAGGCCCCAGAGCCUGCUCCCUGAAAGCUGUGGCGGGGGUUUCUCUGCAGCUGGCGUAGCCUCACUGAUGUUCAGUAGGAUUCUAACCAGAGGAAGCUGGCUGAGUCGUCUUGGGGCAGGCAUUGCGGUCCCGGCUCCUGCUUCCGUGUGAAUGCAGACCUGAUCUUAUCCCUGGGGACACCCCUCUGGGGCUCUGCCACUAUCUUUGGAGCAUCCAGGCCUGUCACAGAGGGCCCUGAUGACUCUGCUCCCAUCUCUGGGCACGCCUACCUUGCGUUCUAUAUCCCAGCUGCCUGGGCUUUCCCAUCAGAUGCACCUGUGUCCUUGCUUCAGGGUCAGUGCUCAUGCACUUGUUCUGCCAUGGGCAUGUGCCUUUUCCUCCCUCCCUCUGUCCUUCUGUCUUUCUCUCUGUCCUCCAUUUUCUCUUUCACUCUCCCUCCUCCCCUCCUCCCUCUCUGUCACUCUCCCUUCCCUACCCCUCUUAUGCACGCGUACACACACACACACACACAAACACACACACAGCUUGUCAAUCAGUCUGAUUCCUACUCCUACAUCUAGUCUUAGAUGUCCCUUCCUGACCACCUCCUUCUUCCCUUCCUACAUGUUCUCAAAACACCGGGCACUCAGCUGUGAGCCCCAUGAGUCACCACCAGGGUCAGCCCUGGGUCUGCUCAGUUGCUGCUUGUGUCCCCAGCGCCAGUGUAGAGGCAGUCCUCAACUGCAUGGGGAAUGAACGGUAAUAGAUCACCUCAAGGGUGAGGGGUGACAGCUUCCUUCUGUUCAUCUGUUGCUAGACUCUGGAGAUGGAUGGAAGAACAGUUUUAGCUUUUUAGGGGUGUAGUAAAUUCCUAUCCUGGAGCCUGGGUUUAGGCAGGAGACCACCAGCACCAGAUACUCACUGCUGUUUCCGUAAGUGGACAGAGGGCACAUGUGAUGGGACCUCUGUUAAUUAUUUAUUCAUCCAUCUGUGUGUUCGUCCACCCAUCUGUCCGUCUUUUCCUCUACCUGUUAGUCCAUCUGUCUAUUUACCUACCCACUUGUCUCCAUCGAUCAGUCCACAUUUGUCCAUCCAUCUGUCCACAUUUGUCCACCCACUCGUCUGACUAUGUUUGUCCUUCCAUUCAUUUAUCCAUCCACCCACCUGUCUGUUCAUCUGUCCUGAUAUCCAUCCAUCCGUCUGUCCAUCCUGUUUGUCCGUCCAUCCAACUGUCUAUCCACGCACCUGUCUGCCCACAUCUGUCCAUUUGUGUAUCCCUCUACUCAUCCAUCCAUCCAUCCAUCCUGUUGUACAACCAAUAUCCAGGGGGUACGUGUGUAGUUCAGUCAGUUAAGCGUCCAACUCUUAAUUUCAGCUCAGGUCAAGAACUUGCCAUUCGUGAGAUUGAGCCCCGCAUCAGGCUGUGUUGCUGGCGGUGCAGAGCCUGCUUGGGAUUCUCUCUCUCCCUCUCUCUCUGCCCCUCCCCCAUGCGUGUGCAUGCAUGUGUGCGUACUCUCUCUGAAAAUAAAUACAUUUUAAAAACCCUGGAUAUUUAACAUGUUUGCUCAGGGCCAAGCUCUGUGCUGGGCACUGGGGGUAGGUAUAUAGAUAAGUGAAAUGUGAUUACUGGACUCAAGGAAACCGGUCUCUCUGGAAGGGUCUCUUCUAGAGUGUUCCCUGGAGUUGUUUGUCUUACACCCAUUAGAAAGAGGGAAGAGUCCAGUGGAAAGAAAUAGAGUGCAGAGCUCCAUAUAGAGACUGCAUGAAGUCCCCAGUGCAUGUGGACUCUGUGUGAAGGAGGCACGGACCAUAAAAGUGGACUUGCAGUGGAAUCUGCGGCCAAGGGGGUGCUCUGUGUGUGGUGGCAGGCAUGGCCUUUUUAACAUGUGACACAAUGGGUGCUGUGAACUUGACACCGUUUGGCAUGAAUGGCUGGUGCUUUGUGUUUACCUGGAAAUGAACUGAUGAAAAUGUCUCAGGGGUUUGUUGAAGUUACUGUUCAAUAAAAACAUCCUCCCAAGGGAGAAGAACUGAUGUGUUGGUGUAGUUCAUUUAAAGAUGUUAAA